UGCAAUUCGGAGGGAAAACCUCAGACGUCUCCUUUGGCACCGGAAGCGCAACCUUAUCACCCGGGCUAAGAACCUAGCAAUCUGUUUAUGUUUUGCUGAGAAGUUUUGAUUUUAUUUUUGUUUAAUUGCCCCAGAUACUGUCAAGUGGCCUCAAAUUGAAAACCGCAAGACGGUUAGGUUCUUAUUAAACGACUCACAAAGCGAUAAAACUGGCCCCUCCACUGCCUGUCACCAUGCCCGCCCUGCUGGACAGACCCAAGCUGUCCAACGCGAUGGCCAGAGCCCUCCACAAACACAUCAUGAGGGAGAGGGAGCGCAAGAGACAAGAGGAGGAAGAGGUGGACAAAAUGAUGGAGCAGAAGAUGAAGGAGGAGGAAGAGAGGAAGAGGACAAAAGAAAUAGAGGAGAGGAUGUCCCUGGAGGAAACCAAAGAACAGGUAAUGAAGAUGGGUGAGAAGCUUCAGGGACUCCAAGAAGAGAAACACCAGCUCUUCUUACAGCUCAAGAAAGUUCUCCAUGAAGAAGAGAAGAGACGCAGGAAGGAGCAGAGUGAUAUCACAACACUGACAUCAGCCAGCUACCAACCCAGUCUGCCCAUGCACGCAGGGCAGCACCUCCUCAGCAUUCAAGGCAGUCCAGUCAGCCACAGUAGACCUGGUGCGCUACUUGGAGAACGAAGCAAACAGCUGUUUCCAGCUGCUGUGAUUCCAACACGUCACUAUCAGACGCCUGGAUUCAGCUCUGGCUCUGCAGAGCACGGGCAGUUCAGUGGGGGACAGGGGGUCCAUGAGCCUUACGGGGUGGCCCAGGCCCAGCAUCCCUCCACCUACGCCCCCGGACCAUCUGUACCUGUCAGUUUCGCAAGCAGCUCCCAGAUCAGAGGUGCAUCUGCGUUUCAGGCCAUGCAGUAUCUCCCCCACCAACAGCCUGGCUACCCCGUCCACAGUCACUUCACCUCUCAGCCCGGAUACAUCCCUGGAGCGGGAAUACCCCUCCAGAAGCAGCUGGAACAUGCCAACCAACAGUCAGGCUUUACUGAUGCCGGUGCUUUGAGGCCUAUGCAUCCACCAGCCAUGCAUCCCUCUGCUCCAGGACUGCUGCCCACACCAUCAAUGGCGGUCCAGAUUCCCACUGCAAAGGCCCCCUUCCAGAGCUCUCCCCAGGGUGCCCCUCGCCACGGCUUCCUCCCCCACAGCCAGAGUGGGCAGAGGUUCUACCACCAUGGCAAGUAACUGGUUCACCUUCACCGGCGCUGAGGUUUCACAGCCUCCCUCUAGAUACUGGAGAACCUGCUGGACGAGUAAUAGAUCAAGUUCUUUAACAGAAGUCAUGACGUUGGAAUAUGCCAUAUGAUCCGUGCUUUAUUUUGUGUAUAAUAUCUGGUUUUUAAGUUGUGUUUUGACUCCGUUAAUGAGUGACCAGCAGACCUCAUGUUUAUGUGCUGUACACAUUCGGCUUUUUUACGUAACUUCAAAUGAUGUUAAUUUUUGAAAUAGCUUAUUAUUUUCUAUACACUGUAAAGACGUUCUGGAGGUGCAUUUGUGCACUUAAAUGUUAAUAUCUUGUAUAAAGCCAGGCUGCAUGAACCAGAGCUUAUUCUUUCUUCGAAGACUUUGCUCACCAAAGCGUUGCACGAACCAGAAUAGAGAAAACAUUUUCAGCACCACUUAGUGGUUGAAUUUAGAGUUUGUGAAUUAAAUCAUCCUAUUUCUGCAAAGGUCACACAAACACUGAUAAACACUACUGUAGCAGAAACAAAUUGGUUUAAAUGAGACUCUGUUUCACUAUGCUGCUGACGUCUGGUUCAUCACAUUAGACCCAUCAGGGUUGGUUACCACAAAUUAAAUCAGAUGACCAUGGUCUUUUACACAGUUAUGGAGAAUUUCCAGUUUUUUGUGUUGUCCUCUGCAGCAUACAUCAAAUUUAAGUCUGUUCUGUUUUAAGGCUUUUAGGUUGCUAAAUAAAACGAUAAGCAAACGCAA